GUGACCCAGAGGCCCCAGGACCAAGAGCCAAAUGCCAGCGAGGUGUCGCACAAUGGAAGUGUGCAGGAUGUCAAAUUGUAUAACCCACUUGGAGGUUUGCAGGCACAUAUCAGAGAGGCAUGGUCCAAAGAACAGGAAGUGGAGAAAGGCAUUAAAAGUUUGACCUACAUUGAAAGAUUGAAGGAGCGUGUAAAGAAAGUGAAAAUACCAGAGCUCAGGAGAGCCCCAUGCAGCUCUCCAGAUCUUGUGCCUGAGAGGAAGAGAACGAUGCCCACGAACCCUGCCAAAUUCUUCCAGAGACUUUCCAGGACUGUUUCCCAACGACCCAUCAGAGACAGGGUGAUUCAUUUACUGGCUCUCAAGAAUUACAAGAAGCCAGAGCUACUUUCCCACUUAGAAAGAGAGGGAGUUGUGCAAAAGGACAAGGAAUCUCUUGGAAAGAUCCUUCAGGAGGUAGCCAACCUGGAUGCAAAUGAGAAUUCUUUCAGCCUGAAGGAACAUUUCUUUAAAGACAUCCAGGAAGAUUGGCCUGGCUACACUGAAAGAGAUAGACAGACAUUGGAGGUGACCCUUUCUCAAAAACCAACUCCAUCUCAGAAUUCCACCAGCACCAGCCAGUCACCAUCUCUGGGACCUUCUGAAGGAGAUACUCCACCCAGAACUGCUCAGAAACGGCCUCUGGAUUCUGACUUUCUCAGUCCUGUGAUGGGCAAGAAGCAGAGGAUUGACCAAGAGCCCAGUGAUGUCCAGCCAGCAGCUGGUGGCCACUCUCCUUCUUUCUUGGACCUGCCUUCCACAUCCUGUUCAAUUUUGAACAUGUCUCCAAGUGUCAGAUCCAUUUCCGUUUCCACCGAAGUACAACUGAAAAAUAAGGUUCUGACACAUUCUGGAUUCCCAGUGUCUGCCAGGGUGCAGGGGAAGACUCCCAAGUCCAAAGGAGAAGAAGCAGAGGUCAGAGGAGCCCAACAAAACAAUCCAGGUCCUGUGCCUGAGAAGAAGAGGAUGGUGCCUAUGAGACUUGCAGACAUCGACUGGAGCAGCUGCGCUGCUGUUUACAGCCGACCCUACAGGGACAGGGUGAUUCAUCUGCUUGCUCUGAGGGAUUACAAGGAGCCAGAGUUACUUGCUCGGCUGCAGAGAGAUGGAGUCAGGCCAAAGGACAAGGAUUCCCUUGGAAAGAUCCUUCAGCAGGUAGCCAACGUGAAUGCAAAGGAGAAUUCCUUUAGUCUGAAGGAACAUCUGUUUCAAACCCUUCAGAGUGAUUGGCCUGGCUACAGUAAAAUCGAAAGAAAGAGUUUGAAGUCAAUACUUUCUAGAAAAUCAGCUCCAUCUCAGAACCCCACCAGCAGCAGCCAAGCAACAUCUCCAAGGCCUUCUGAGACAGAUGCUCCAGCAAGACCUGCUCAGAUACGGCCUUGGGCUUCUGGCUUUAUCAGUCCUGUCAGGAGCAAGAAGCAGAGAACUGAGCAGUAGCCCAGUUACAUCCAGGCAGCAGCUGGUGGCCACUCUUCUUCCUGGGUGCUGGCUUUAACAUUCCAUUCUAUGGGGAUGUCAAAGCCAUCCCUGUAGAAUGGGAUGUCAAAGCCAGCACCCUGUCUCCAAGUCUGGGCUCCAUUUCCCCUGCACCCUUUAGGUUCAAGAAAAAGACAAAUGUUGGAGUUCUAGAAUGCCAGCAGUUGUGUAGAGGACUAGCAUGUCCAAAAAGAUGUGAAGAGAGCUGGGGAGGCUGAAGCAGUAGUGUCCCUUGGAUUUCAAUGAAGGGUAGCCCCAGCUACUCCGAGAUGAAGAGCAGGUGCCACAGGAGCAGUAGCUCCACAAAAAGCUGUCCCACAUUCAGCAAUGAGUAUCUGAAUUUGGCAAGCAGCAAGUCCUGGAGUCCUGGCACCAGUCUUCUGCUUCAGCAAAGGAUCAUCUAUGAGCUCCAGCUGUUUUAUUUUAAAAGAUGAUUAGCUUUUUAGGUUUCUUCAAGUUAGUAAUAAGGAGAUGAUUAUUUGUUAAAAAUGUAGGAUUAGUUAGUCUACGAUUAGAGACUUUAGUAUUGAACUUUAGCAAUAAAAAAGUUGCAUUAUUGUUAACUCCUUCUCUUAUCAUCAGUUUUAUCAUAUUUGGAGAGUCUUUCUUCUGGUCAAUUCUUCUCUUCAAGACUUAGCUCUGUCCACUGAAUGAAACUUAUCAGUAGAGAAUGGAAGCCCAGUACCUUUAUUAUAAAAUUGUGCACAUAUUAAGAAAAUAUUGUAGCAAAUGGAAUUUCUUUAUGACAAGAAUAAGCCUGUUUUCUGAUUUACUUGUUAAUUUAAAAUCUUUGCCUUAAGGGAUGGAAAGGGUAGAGGACAACCU